UCAGUCUUGAAACCAAUGGUGACAAAAGCAGUACUCAUUUUUCUCAAACCUCAUUGAAAAGAGUCUAAAAAACAUGGCUAUAAGCUGCAGACAAGGGUACUUGUUACAACCUUCUUUUCACAUCAGAGAACGGAACGCACCGUUUCCCCCUGCACUGAGCUUCUCGCUUCAACUCCCAAGGCAAUCAAAUUCAAGAGUCAGGAACAUUGUAAAAAUGUCUGCGACUGGAUUCACAGACUCUGGGAUCUCUUAUGAGUCCUUUGCAAUAAAGCCUCCCAUGCACCCAACUUAUGAUUUGAAGGGCAUUAUCAAGUUAGCGCUUGCAGAAGAUGCUGGGGACCGAGGUGAUGUAACAUGCAUGGCCACCAUUCCAUUUGACAUGGAAGUGGAAGCUUGUUUUUUGGCAAAGGAGGAUGGCAUCGUUGCUGGAAUAGCACUUGCAGAGAUGAUAUUUCAUGAGGUUGAUCCUUCUUUAAAGGUGGACUGGUCUGUAAAUGAUGGAGAUGUUAUCCAUAAAGGGCUACAAUUUGGAAAAGUUCAUGGAAGGGCACAUAGCAUUGUCGUAGCUGAAAGGGUAGUGCUAAACUUUAUGCAGAGAAUGAGUGGCAUUGCCACUUUAACUAAGGCAAUGGCAAAUGCAGCCUACCCUGCAUAUAUGUUGGAGACUAGAAAAACUGCUCCAGGUUUACGUUUAGUGGAUAAGUGGGCGGUAUUAAUUGGUGGAGGCCGGAAUCAUAGGAUGGGUUUGUUUGAUAUGGUGAUGAUAAAAGAUAAUCAUAUAUCAACAGCUGGUGGGGUUACCAAUGCCCUUAGAGCUGUUGACCUGUAUCUAAAGCAAAAAAAUCUUCAAAUGGAGGUUGAGGUUGAGACCAGGACUCUUGAAGAAGUGGAAGAAGUAUUACGUUAUUCAUCCCAAGCUAGUACUUCUUUGACUCGAAUAAUGUUGGAUAAUAUGAUCGUACCUAUGCCAAAUGGAGACGUGGACAUAUCUAUGCUGAAAGAAGCUGUGCAGUUGGUCAAUGGGAGAUUUGAGACUGAGGCAUCAGGUAAUGUCACUCUGGAUACAGCAGAUAAAAUCGGGCAAAGUGGAGUAACCUACAUUUCUAGUGGUUCGUUGACUCAUUCUGUAAAAGCACUAGACAUCUCCCUCAAAAUUGACACCGAAUUGGCACUCAAAGUUGGAAGGCGCACCGGAAGAGCUUGAUUAUCGUUCUUCUAUAGACAUAUAUAUACCGGAUGAGGAUCCAUUAACAGUAAAUUUGAAGUCUUACACUAGAUAAUAAGUUUUGAUUUUAGAAUCAAAGAUUUAUUAAUAUAACCAUUGAAUCAUGAAAUAUUAUCUUCGUAAUUAUAUAUAUUAAAUUGUAUAUAUUUUUUUUAUCUCU